AGAGCGAGACAGAAAUCCAAAAAAAUCUGCGUUCUGAACACACAAACACGCACUUCACUUCAAGCUCUCUCUCGAAAAAAAAUAAAUAAAUAAAUUCAUCUCGUCCUUUUUACCUCAUCUCCCUCGCUCCACUUCUUCCCGGAUUUAAUAUUCUCUUCAGAGUUGCAGUUGUAAUAACUAAUAAGGCGUGUUUUGUGAAGUGUUGGUUUUUUUUUAGAGGAUAGUUGAAAUGGAGUUUGAUGAGUAUGACUACUUAGAGAAAACAGUUGAAAAUUUGGAACCGCCAAAGGCAAAGGAAACUGCCAAUGGCGGGGAUGAUAAGGUGAAAUCUAGGGAAAAGGAUCGUUCACGGAGUUCGAAGCAUAGGAGUGAUGAGAAGGAUCUUGGGAAUGAUGAUGAACAAAGUCGUUCGAAGCGAUCGAGAUCUGGAGAUGAGUCCAGGGAUCGUGAGCGGAGUAAAGAAAGGAGUUCAUCCCGUCAUCGGUCACAGUCUAGAGAUGGAGAGAGGGAUCGGCACAAGAGUAGCAGGGAACAUCGAGAUAGGGACAGAGGUCGGGAUAGAGAUAGGGAGGAGAGAAAUGGGAAAGAAAGGGAUCGUGAUCGUGAUAGGAGGGAACGUGACCGUGAUGGUGAAAAGGAGAGGGAGAGAGAUAAGGAGAAGGAAAUAGAGCGGUCACGCCGAAGUAGGAGUAGAUCGGAAAGGCGUAGAAGUGAUCAAGAUGAAAAGGAUAGAGAGAGGAGCAGGGACAGGGAGCUUAGAGAAAAGGACAGGGAGCUUAGAGAAAAGGAAAGGGAGAAGGAGAGGGAGCCAAGGGAACGAGACAGAGAAAGCAGAAGAUAUAAAGAAAGAAAGGAAGAAGCAGUGGAGCCUGAGGUUGAUCCUGAACGAGAUCAAAGGACAGUAUUUGCCUAUCAGAUAUCUUUAAAGGCGGAUGAAAGAGAUGUCUAUGAAUUUUUCUCUAGGGCUGGCAAGGUGCGAGAUGUACGUCUCAUCAUGGAUCGCAAUUCAAGACGUUCAAAAGGAGUUGGGUAUAUUGAGUUCUAUGAUGCGAUGUCAGUGCCUAUGGCGAUAGCACUCUCUGGACAGCUCCUCCUUGGUCAACCAGUGAUGGUGAAACCUUCUGAAGCUGAAAAGAAUCUUGUUCAGUCAACUACUGCUGUGACAUCAGGUGGACUUACAGGCCCCUACUCAGGAGGGGCUAGAAGGUUGUAUGUUGGCAACCUGCAUUUCAACAUAACAGAAGAUCAACUUCGUCAGGUAUUUGAACCAUUUGGUGCUGUGGAGUUGGUGCAAUUGCCUCAUGAUGAAAGCGGGCAUUGCAAAGGUUUUGGUUUUGUCCAGUUUGCACGUCUUGAAGAUGCCAGAAAUGCAUUAAACUUGAAUGGACAAGUUGAGAUUGCAGGAAGGCCAAUCAAGGUUUCAGCUGUUACUGAUCAAACUGGAACACAAGAUGGUGGGACAAAUGUUGGUGAUUUUGAUGAUGAUGAAGGUGGUGGCUUGGCCUUGAAUGCACGUUCUCGGGCACUUUUGAUGCAGAAAUUAGAUCGUACUGGCACUGCCUCAAGUAUUGCUGGUUCACUAGGCUCCCCUGCUCUACCAACAGCACCGAUCCUUGGGGCCACACCCUUAGUGUCUCCUGCUGUUGCUCCUCUUUUAUCAGGUUCUGUUCCAGCUAUACCUGGACUUCCAGUUCCAGGCCUUCAACUUCCGGCCACUGCAAUUCCAACCAUGGAUACAAUUGGAGUCCCAAGUGAUUGUUUAUUUUUGAAAAACAUGUUUGAUCCAAAAACAGAGACCGAACCAGAUUUUGAUUUGGAUAUUAAAGAAGAUGUCCAAGAGGAAUGCUCAAGGUUUGGAAAUGUGAAGCAUAUUUACGUAGACAAGAACAGUGCCGGUUUUGUUUACAUGCGAUUUGAGAAUGUGCAAGCUGCAAUAAAUGCACAGCGCGCUCUCCAUGGAAGAUGGUUUGCUGGGAAGUUGAUCACUGCAACUUUCAUGGUGCCCCAGACCUACGAGGCUAAGUUUCCUGACAGCAGAUAGGAGUAAAUGAUUUUUGGUGUGCAAAUUCACCACCUCGUCUGUUAAUUUUGACUCUGUCGUGUUGCGCUGUUGUUUAGGUUAGGUGAGAUAGAUGUUGGAAGAGACAUGUACAUGAUAUUACUGUCAAGUUUCGCAAGAAAUUCAGACCUAUUUGUGUUUUGUA